AUGGAAUCUAUUGAUGUCUUGAAGAAGAACUUGGAACUUGCUAAAGAGCAGUUAAAAAUAGUUGACAAUGAUAUAAAAAGAAUUACAGGACGAGAUCCAUCUGAUAGACGUAUAGGAGAAGCGAAUUCCAAGCGUAUACGUGCGCGGAUAGCUGGAGUCAACCAAUUAAGGCCAGAUUCUUCGGAUAAAGUAAAUGAUGACAAAAUCCUUCAGGAUAUUAAGCGACCUAUUGAUGAUGAUUUACGAGUUUCUGUUGCAUCCUCUGUUGUUCGUGUUACUGAUACUCGUUCUAGGGAAGAUGCAGCCAAAGAAUUAAAAAAGUCAGACAAAGAAAGAGGACGCCGUAUGCUUGGGAUUCUUCAGGGUACAUUGAAGCAGUUCCAAGCUGAGUCUGCAGCUGCAAUCAAAAAACCUCAAAUGGAAAAACGACGUUUAGUUGAUGCUAAGUUGGAAGCUCGAGCAAAAGAAGAAAAAGAAAACUUACGUCGUGAACGCGCAGAACUAUUUCGUACUCGACGAGAACAUCACGUUGAAGUUAGCAUUCUACAACAAAAAAUGAGAUUAUUGAAAAAGUUUGAGAUAUGGAAGGAGCAACAGGAAAAAAUGAAAGGUUUUUGUCGUACUUCAAAACCACCAUAUAUAUUUUAUCGCCCGAAAAUCCACAAUGAAGAGUCAAAAUGGCGUAUAGAAGUAACGGUUCGCGCUAUAGACGCUCUCAUUGCUCGGCGUCGGAAAAAGCUCGAAACAGAAUUUGAAGAAAAUAUACAAGCGCGGCGUCGUAUGGCUUCAAUUAAUAGUGAUCCGUCGGAUAAUAAAGUAAACAAAACUGAGGAUUCUGACAAGAAGAAUUAUGAUAGGGACGAACAUGGAAAAAGCGAUGAGCGAUGGUCUUCAUUAAAUGAUAUUUCCAGCGAAGCUAAGUUUAUUAGUUCUACGAUUUCUACAAAUCAACAUCGUGGUCCCAGUUACACUUCACCGCGUUCAUCGAAUACUUUUACGAGCAAAAACUUCCAUAAUUCUCAUCGUCAAGAAUUAGAAGCUGGUGAACUAUCGGAUGGUAGCGAGACAUUCGCUUUAGGAGAUGAACCUCAAUUAAUGGAGGAAGACCAGCAUCAUUCUAUGUAUACAGAAUCUCCAAAUCGUGCAAAAAAACAAAACACAUCUCCUUUAUUAUCAUCUAAACGAUCCAGUAGUCAUCUAUCAUCACACAGUAGCCCAGUACGUUGUCAACCUCUGACUCAAAAACGUAAGUUAUCUUCUGUUGGUGAAUCUCAUCCAUCUGAUAAUGUGAUUAAAGAAAAAGAAACAAACUAG